AUGUCCUACCCUCCUGACACCCACUACUACAGCAGGUAUCAGCACUACCAACAGGCCAGUCCCCAACAGACCGGCGAGCCGGUCGCCCAUCCCAGCGGCAGCAUACGAGCUAUUCCCGUAGGGGUACCACUCCCACGGCAGGUAGGACCACCUCCCGUCCACAGUCCUCCGGGGUUCCACAGUCCUCCCGGGCUCCACAGUCCGCUGGGGCUACCCUCGCCAGUGAGCGUCUACAGUGACCCAUCCUCCUUUUCGCCUCCAGCUCUUGCCGCUCCGAUAUCGACUGCAAAUUCUAUUAUUGGUGCCAGCCCGCAACCGGGUCUGCUGUCGCCACUCAACUUUGACGUCGUCAGCGGCCCGCACUCUAGGCCAAACUCGAGUUAUGGGCGCCACUACACCGCACAGACACAAGUGUCCCCCACACUGCUGCCUCUCAUGACCACCACGACCACCGCUGCAACUGCAACAGCACAACCGUCCCAUGGCAGUGGAUGCUAUCCGUCUGGGUACCCCGAAAGUGUUAAGUUCUCAUUCUCCCUCCUUCUCACCGACGACCAUUGGAACAAGCUUUGUGUAGCGAUAAACCAGUUCAUGUUCAAGGAACGCAUGUAUCCCUUUGGCCUGCACAUCGACCGCAAGAAGAGCCACGAUGCCCCCACCAGUCCCAGUGGAUCGAGCGCGGGCCCAAGUACCACCGUCAUGAUGGUCGGCGCGACAGCGUGGGAUGGCGAGUUUGAAGAACAAAUAAUGAUCCUCAUCCGCGAGGCAGUUGCAGAUCGCGACCUUGACAUCGUCGUGCACCAGUCCAGGUCCAGCCAGUAG